UAUAUUUAGACGCCUGCGUCAAUACCUGGGCCGUAUCAAGGCUGCUGACAGGAGCAAUUUAUUUUUUUUUCCACGCCAAACGAAGACCUCCCAGGCAGGACUGGUGGGCUGCCUGUCCUCUGUGACGUUUCCCCGACUGCUUUACGCUUCAAGACAUCAAGUGUGACCGGAGCAAAUACGGACUUAAACAAGGAAGACUUGAAACGACCUUCUCUGACUUCUGCAAUCAUGAUGUCCAUGAACAGCAAGCAAGCUUUCAUGCAUCCGAUUCUCCACGAGCCCAAAUACACACCUCUGCACUCCAGCUCGGAGGCGAUCCGGCGGGCAUGUCUGCCCACACCUUCGCUGCAGGGAAACAUCUUCGCCGGUUUUGAUGAGACGCUGCUGCAGAGAGCCGAGGCUCUGGCCGCGGUGGACAUUGUGACCCAGAAGAGCCACCCGUUCAAGCCAGACGCCACGUACCACACCAUGACCACGAUGACAAGCAUGACAGGAACCCCUACAUCCUCGCCGGCGCACCUGCACCACCCGUCCGUGCUCACGUCUCAUCAUCAUACACACCACCCGCACCACCACCAGCCGGCUCAAGGUCUCGAUGGCGACUUGCUCGAGCACCUCUCACCCGCCAUCUCGCUCGGUGGCAUGCCGACCGCCGCCGACGUGGCCUCGGGCGCAUCGCACGCACACUCGCACAUGGCUGCGGCCAUCAACCACGCGCAGCACCAUCACCACCCGCACUCACAGGCUGUAAACCUGCAUCACCCGCACCACGCCCUGGCCGCGCACGCCUCCCUCGCCAGCGCCAGCGCUGCGUCCAUGGACGCCGAGCCAGACCCCCGAGAGCUGGAGGCGUUCGCCGAGCGUUUUAAGCAGCGUCGCAUUAAGCUCGGCGUCACCCAGGCGGAUGUGGGCGCCGCGCUUGCCAACCUCAAGAUACCCGGUGUUGGGUGCCUGAGCCAGAGCACGAUCUGUCGCUUCGAAUCGCUCACGCUCUCGCACAACAACAUGGUGGCCCUGAAGCCCAUCCUUGAAGCGUGGCUCGAAGAGGCCGAGAGGGCGCAGCGCGAGAAGAUGGCCAAGCCCGAGAUCUUCAGUGGAGGCGACAAAAAGCGCAAGCGCACAUCCAUCGCUGCGCCGGAGAAACGCUCGCUCGAGGCCUACUUCGCAGUGCAGCCACGGCCCUCGUCCGAGAAGAUCGCCGCCAUCGCCGAGAAGCUCGACCUGAAAAAGAACGUGGUGCGCGUGUGGUUCUGCAACCAGCGGCAAAAACAGAAGCGCAUGAAGUUCUCAGCGACGCACUGAACAAAACGCGCUCAUUUUAAUGGACAUCGAGGAAGCAUCAGACAUCCCCAAUCUAAAAAAAUAUAAAAACUAAAACUAAACAAAAACAAAAACAAAAACAAAAACAAAACAAAACCACGGGCCAGAUAGAGCUCUCAGGGGGCGGACCGGAUCCUUUCGGGAUGUGAGCAUGCAGGAGCGUAACUCCACUCAUGGCGACGCGAAGAGGAGAAAAACACUCCGAAACUGGACGAAAGGAAAGAAACGAAUCACUUAUUGUACAAAAAAUGGAAAUAGAAUAAUAACAUAUUCUCUUAAAUAACUCUUUUAUAUCGAUUCAUGUACAUAUCUGUGAAUACAUCACACCUCUGUGAAGAUCACUUCGUCCUUUUAGGUUAUUUUCUUUAUAAGGGUUUAAAAAGUUUGCCAUUAAAACUUUAAUGUCAUUCAGUGUGUUUCGGAGGAAGGGAUUCGAUCUCUGUUACAAGACGGAAUUACAGUCAUCCAUUGCGUGGUUUACUUUAGGGCGCUUUUAUUAUUUGAAAUUCCCCGGUCUGCAUCGCAAUAAGAGAGAAAUACGCACAGGCGAAGGCACACUAACACACACACACACACACACACACACACACACAUACACACACACACACACACACACACACACACACACACACACACAAAAGGCCCCAGUCUGUGUCUACCUCAUGAUCCUGACACAUCUUUAGCCAUCCUGGAGAUACGGUAUAAUAAUAAUAAAAAAAAACAUUAAAAAGCGGCUUUCAGAUUCGGUAUUAUGUUUUAAAAAAGCACAGAAUGCUAAAACCAGAUUGUGGUAUGUCUCAGCUAAUUUCACUGCAACGAUGCUUUGACAAUCAAGUGGUUAGAAUAAUGAUGGGCCCUCUAUGUCUUCAUCUAAAAUCUGAUAUAUAUGGACAUAUGUUCUAUUAUUAUUAUUAUUAUUAUUAUUAUUAUUAUUAUUAUUAUUAUUAUUAUUAUUAGUGGGCCUGUGGAU